AUGGACGACGAAAGCGACGAUAAGGAUGACACGAAAAGUCUUCUUUGCAGAAAGUCCAGGAAUUUGAGCGAGAAGAAGCGUCGGGAUCAGUUCAAUUCGCUGGUGAAUGAUCUGAGUGCAUUGAUAACCACAUCGAAUCGCAAAAUGGACAAAUCAACGGUGCUCAAAUCCACAAUUGCAUUCCUAAAGAAUCACAAUGAGGCGACCGACCGAUCGAAGGUCUUUGAGAUACAGCCGGAAUGGAAGCCGACGUUUCUCACAAACGAUGAGUUCACGCACCUGAUGCUGGAGUCUUUGGAUGGCUUCAUGAUGGUGUUUAGCAGUCUGGGCUCCAUAUUCUAUGCGUCAGAAAGUAUUACCUCGCAGCUGGGCUACUUGCCGCACGACCUAUACAACAUGAGCAUCUAUGAUCUGGCCUAUGAAACGGAUCACGAGGCCCUGCUGAACAUCUUCUUGAAUCCCACGCCUGUCAUCGAGCCCCGCCAGACGGACAUCAGUGCCAGCAAUCAAAUUACCUUCUACACGCACCUGAAGCGCGGCGGCUUAGAGAAAGUUGAUGCCAAUUCCUAUGAGCUGGUCAAGUUUGUGGGCUAUUUUCGCAACGAUACCAGCACCAAUGCCAACGCCAGCUCGGACAGCCAGAGCAACAGCAAUCAGCAGUCGCUGCCGCGCAUCUUGCAGCAGAAUCUGGGCGUCGAGGUGGACAAGAAGUUGGUCUUUGUGGGCACGGGCCGCAUACAGACGCCGCAGCUGAUACGCGAAAUGAGCAUCAUCGAUCCCACCAGCAACGAGUUCACCUCGAAGCACAGCAUGGAAUGGAAGUUUCUCUUUCUCGACCAUCGAGCGCCGCCCAUCAUAGGCUACAUGCCAUUCGAGGUGCUGGGCACCUCGGGCUACGACUACUAUCACUUCGACGACCUGGACAGCAUUGUGGCCUGCCACGAAGAGUUGCGCCAGACGGGCGAGGGCAAGUCCUGCUAUUACCGCUUCCUGACCAAGGGCCAGCAAUGGAUUUGGCUGCAGACGGACUACUAUGUGAGCUACCACCAGUACAACUCGAAGCCGGACUAUGUCGUGUGCACGCACAAGGUGGUCAGCCAUGCGGAGGUAAUCAAGCAGAACCACAAGGAGCGACAGAAGCCGAGCAAAGCCCUAACCUCCUCGAGCAGCAGCAAAUGCGCCUCGGCUACGACGACGCUGCGCGACUUCGAGCUGAGCAAUCAGAAUCUGGACAGCACGCUGCUGGGCAAUACGCUGGCCAAUCUGAGCAACGAGGUGGCUGCUGCCACAUCGCCCACGGUGGACUCCUCGCCCAUGUGGUCGACGGGUGCGGCGCCCGCUGCAAGCACCUGCCAGCUGAACUCGGUGAAGACCUCGCGCCCUGCCUCCAGCUAUGGCAACAUCAGCUCCACUGGCAUCUCGCCGAAGGCCAAGCGCAAGUGCUACUUCUACAAUAGAGGCAACGAGUCGGACUCCACUUCGAUGUCCGCAGAUUCUGUGAUCAGCCGGCAGUCGCUGAUGACGCACGUCAGUUCGCAAAGUCAACGCCUGCGCUCGCAUCAUCAUCAUCAGCAGCAGCAGCAGCAACAACAGCAGCAGCAGCAGCAGCAGCAGCAGCAACAGCAGCAACAGCAGCAGCAGCAGCAAAAUUCGCACUCUCAGCAGCAGCAGCUGCAGCAUCAACAGCUCACCCAACAUCAUUUGCAUCAGCAACAGUUGCAGCUGCAGCAGGGCGUUGGUGCGCCCAAAAUCUUGCCCAUGCCUCUGGCAGCCACGCAGAUUGUCACGAGCAAUGCCUGCCAGUUUCCUCAGUCCAGCUAUCCACUCACCAGUCCGCAGCUGGUGGCGCCCAGCUUCCUGGAGCCGCCGCAGUACCUGGCUGCCAUACCCAUGCAGCCAGUGAUGGCGCCGUUUCCGGUGGCGCCUGUGCUGUCGCCGCUGCCGAUGCAGGCGCAAUCGGAGCUGCUGCCGGGCGCAGUGGUCAUGACCUCCACGCAGAGCCAACUGCAGGAUCAGCUGCAGCGCAAGCACGACGAGCUGCAGAAGCUGAUCAUGCAGCAGCAGAACGAGCUGCGCAUCGUCUCCGAGCAGCUGUUGCUCGCGCGCUACACCUAUCUGCAGCCCAUGAUGCCCAUGGGCUUUGCUGCCAGCAACAUGGCCGUAGCCGCCGCUGCAGCCGAGGGCAGCACUGCCGGCGCCCACGUGCAGCGCAACUUCAACUUCAGCGGCAGCAACGCUGUCGAGCCCCAAUUCAAUCAAUACGGCUUUGCCCUGAACUCAGAGCAGAUGCUCAAUCAGCAGGACCAACAGAUGAUGAUGCAGCAGCAACAGAAUCUGCACAAUCAGCAGCAGCACAAUCACAGCCUGCAGCAGAGUCAGCAGCAGCAGCAGCAGCAGCAGCAGCAGCAACAGCAGCAGCAGAGUCAGCAACAGUUGCAGCUGCAACAGAGUCAAAGCCAACAGCAGCAACAAUUGCAGCUGCAGCAGCACAGCCAUCAGCAGCAGCAGCAGAGCAGCAUGUUGUCGCGCGAGGAUAUGGAGGACAUUGAUGCCUUUCUCAAUCUGUCGCCGUUGCAGUCGCUGAAUCAGCUCAACAGCAGCAGCGGCAACAACAAUGCCAACAAUGCCAACAGCAACACUGCUGCCAACAGCAGCAGCAACAACAACAACAACAAUAAUGGCAACAGCAGCAACAGCAACACUAACAACAACAACAACAACAACUCGAAUGCUCCUGAGAACACAAAUGAGGACUCGCUGCUUUCCUAUAUGCAAAUGGCCACCGAGUCGGGCGCCUCGCUCAACUUUCACAUGGGCAUCAGCGACGAUGGCUCCGAGUCGCACAGCGAGGACAACAAGCUGAUGCGCGGCAGCAGCAGCAAUCAGCAGCAGCAGCAGCAGCAGCAGCAGCUGUUGCAGCCACAGCCAGCAGCGCAGCCGCAACUGUUGCAGCCACAGCAACAGCAGCAGCCGCAGCAACCGCCGCAAAACUUCUUUGCCGCAAAUCCUUUUGGCAGCACGAGUCAAAGUCAGCUGGCAAAUGAUUUAGAGAUUUUGCCUUAUCAAAUCUCGCAGGAGCAAACGCAAAAUCUGUUCAGCUCGCCGCACACAGCGAACAAUAGUCAAUAGUGAAAGUGGGCGUGGCCUGACUUGAACUGACCAACUGAAAUUCCUUAAACUUAGCCAUAGACACACACACACACACACACACACACACAUAUAUAUAUAUCUAUAUAUGUAUAUAGCUGUAAUUCGUAUUGUAAAAAUCGUUUCUAAGUCCUACGGCACAUGGCUCUCUCUUUAUCGUACAUAGACAAUAGCCACAACUAGUUGUAGAUCUCAACAGACUGAGUAUUGCUCUAAUGCUUAAUUCACUCUAGCUAUAGCUAAGCUAAAUAUUAUGUCUACUCUGGGCUCAAGUUCUCAAAAAUCAAUUUUAGUUUUAGUCUAGCGAAAAUUCGACUUGUUUUAAGAAUAGCCCAACGUUUGCAAUUAAACCAGUAAGUGCCAGUGGCGCACACAAGGGAUCUCUCAUAAAUAUAGACAUACAUAAAUAUAUAUAUAUA